CUCUCCGAGGCGCGUCACUGAGCAACGGCAGCAGGCAGCAAUGGCGGCGGCGAAGGGAGCUCCGGAGGCGCAGGCGAACCUGUCGGUGGUGGUGCACAAAGCCGGCGACUUGCGCCUGGAAAACCGACCAGUACCUGAACCAGGUCCUAAUGAGGUGCUGCUGAAGAUGCAUUCGGUCGGGAUUUGUGGCUCUGAUGUCCACUACUGGGAGCAUGGGCGGAUUGGGGAUUUUGUUGUGAAGAGCCCAAUGGUGCUGGGCCAUGAAGCUUCAGGAACUGUCUUCAAAGUAGGGUCCUCAGUGACCAAACUGAAGAAAGGUGACAGAGUGGCUAUUGAGCCUGGAGUUCCUCGAGAGGUGGACGAAUACUGCAAAACUGGGCGUUACAACCUGUCUCCAACCAUCUUCUUCUGUGCAACCCCUCCUGACGACGGGAAUCUGUGCCGCUAUUACAACCAUGACGCCAACUUUUGCUACAAGCUUCCAGAUAAUGUCACCUUUGAGGAAGGUGCCCUCAUUGAACCCCUUUCUGUGGGGAUCCAUGCCUGUAGAAGAGCUGGAGUGACUCUGGGGAGCAAAGUCUUCAUUUGUGGUGCUGGACCUAUUGGGCUUGUGACUUUGCUUAUUGCAAAGGUAAUGGGAGCUGCACAAGUAGUCAUGAGUGAUCUAUCUGCCCCACGGCUUGCAAAGGCUAAGGAAAUUGGGGCUGAUUUCACCAUCGAAGUAAAGAGUGAGAGCCCUGAGGAAGUGGCCCAUAUGGUGGAAAAUCUUCUUGGUUGCAUGCCUGACAUUACCAUGGAGUGCACUGGGGCUCAGACCUCUAUCCAGGCUGGAAUAUACGCAACCCGUUCUGGAGGGACACUGGUUUUGGUGGGCCUGGGGCCUGAAAUGGUCACGCUGCCCAUUGUGAAUGCUGCUGUGCGGGAGGUGGAUAUCCGAGGGAUAUUUCGAUACUGCAAUACGUGGCCCAUGGCGAUUGCUAUGCUUGCAUCAAAAACAGUGAAUGUUCAGCCACUGGUGACACAUCGUUUUCCUUUGGAAAAGGCUUUGGAGGCUUUUGAGACAACCAGAAAAAGAGUUGGGAUAAAAGUUAUGCUGAAAUGUGAUCCCAACGACCAGAAUCCCUGAAAAAAACACCCACCCAGAACACUCCACUGUGUUCUCUUGUUAGUGAGGGUGGAGUACAUAGACAGGAAAAGUUUGUCAUUUCAAGAUGUUCAGAGCCUUAAAAUUACAAACAAACAAACAA